AUGCCGCGCCCAACAAGCCGUCAAAAAAAAUCAAGAAAGGCUUAUGAAGCAAAGGCACAUAAGCUUAAUACUAAUGUAAAUAAUUUUGAAGCAGAAAGUUCUGAUGAUAUUGACAGUCUUUCUGCUUGUGACGAGGUAGUUGAUAAUAAUGAUGCUGCGAACAUCAUGAAGAGGCUUCAACUAAUUGAGAAUGAUGAUGCCGAAAACAUUGUAAAAAAACUUCAAGAUGCUGCAAAUAAAUAUUACCGGGAAUGUGAUUCUAACCAAACCCGUAGACUACGUUAUUUAGGAAACUCAGUUCGCACUAAAAGAAGAAAAAAACAGCAACAACGUGAGGCAGCGAAAGGAACCCCUACAUUACAUACUUUCUGGGCCCAAAAAAAAUCUUCUGAAGAAACUAGUGAAGCAGAAUUGUAUGAUGAUGUUGAUGAACGGUUAGAGAAUGAAAGACAGUUAGAAGAAUUUGAUGAUGAACAGUUGGCGAAUGAAGGAUGGUUGGAAGAAGUUGAUGAGAAUGAUAUUGGAGGAAUGUCGGAGGAUGAGAUUGAACCCCAUAAUUGGAAUAAAAAAAUCUCAACUGCCCUUGAAAACUUAACAUUAGAUAUCAAAAAAGAAAAUGUAAAAACAAGUAAAAUAAUUGCUGAUGCUGCGGGAAAAGGGGUAUACCAUGCUAAAUGCAUUCGUUCCUGGGCACAUGAUUAUGUUAUGACACGCCAGAUUCCCUACUCUCGCCGAGGACACCAUGCCAAAACAUGGAGCUUUCUCUGGGACGAAGAUAUUCUUCUUCAAAUAAAAUCGUAUGUUCGAGAAAAUAAGUGGAAUAUUACACCACACAUGAUCAUGUUACAAAUGAAUGAGAUCAUUUUACCAGGGCUAGGAUUUGCUCCUCCUCCAACCAUCUCUCUUAGUACCGCAAAAAAUUAUUUAAAAGAGCUUGGAUACACAUAUGAAAGGGUGAAAAAAGGUGCUUAU